AUGAAGACGCGAUGGAGGCCCUUGUUCUUGCUGUGUGCGCAAAGCUUCGCCCAGAUCCUUGAGGACGGCUUUCAUCAAGACUUCCAAGGCCAAGUCUCCAGCAAUUUCGGGGGCAGCGCGGACUCAUAUGGGGGCGAGGCCCGUGUCUCCAAUUUCGGGGGCAGCGCGGACUCAUAUGGAGGCGAGGCCCAUGUCUCCAAUGUCGGGGGCAGCGCGGACUCAUAUGGAGGCGAGGCCCGUGUCUCUGGCAAUUACGUGGGCAACGCGGACUCAUACAAUGGAGGCGACGUUCGUGAAUGCCAGGGGCACGAGGAGCAGUGGGGGACAUGCCCCAACUUGCCAGAGUGCCAGGGCUGCUACCCGGUGGACUGCAUGUUCUCGGAGUGGAGCAGUUGGUGGAAGGGCAGCGGCUGCGUGGGCCUGAUGUUCCGCCAUCGCAGCAUCGCUCUCGCCAACAACGAGUGCGGCCUGCCCUGCUACGGCACCAAGAUUGAGUCCAGAAAGCACUAUGUGGCGGGCUGCGAGAGGCCACCACAGAACUGCGUGUUGUCUGCCUGGGAUGAGUGGAGCCACUGCCAGAACGAGAAAGACCAGUCGGUCCGGAGCCGGCGGGUGGUGACGCCAUCUUCAAGAGAUGGUGAUCCCUGCAUGGGCUCGUUGUCAGAGACUCGGCCGUGUGGAGGGCCCCACCCUGAGCCCUGCAAGUUUGGCGCCUGGCAGUCGUGGACCAGUUGCAGUGCCUCCUGCGGGCCUGGGCGAUACACUAGGCUGCGGAAGAUCAUGUCAGAGGGCCACAUGAGUAGCCAGACCUGCGACGACGCCCUGCUGGAGACCCACACUUGUCAUUUGCGGGACUGUGUCACCCGGGAUUGCCGCCUGUCUUCUUGGUCCGACUGGAGCUUUUGCGGAGCUGGCAGCAUCCAGAGGAUGAGGCACAGGCAGGUCUUGCACGGCGCGCAGGGCAUGGGUCUGGUGUGCAACGCCAGCUUGGUGGAGACCUCAGGUUGCUCCGAAAAGAUCCCCCACCACUGCUCGCUGUCCACCUGGUCUCAGUGGACGGGUUGCGACCGCAGCUGCCACGGGGGGCAGAAGUACCGGCAGAGGGAGCUGCUGCAUGCCAGCUCCCACCGGAACUUCUGCGAGGGGGUGAAGCUGAAGCAGGCAGCCGCCUGCAACACCGAGCCGUGCUUUCCUCAUUCCCACGACUGCCAGCUGGAGCUGCAGCCGUGCCAGCAGGUGCCGCCCACGCCCAUCGACUGCCAGUGGGGCCAGUGGGCGGACUGGAGCGCCUGCUCCUGCUCUUGCGGGGGAGGAUCCAAACGCCGCAACCGCGCCAUCGAGAUGUCGCCGCAGAAUGGCGGCGCCCCAUGCGAGCCCAAGGACAAAGAGGUUGUCGCCAUGUGCAACACCCGGAAAUGCGACGUGCACUGCGAGGAUGGCUAUUGGGGUGCCUGGAUGGACUGGAGCGAGUGCUCCGCCACCUGCUCCUCCGGGUACCGCUCCCGGCGUCGCUCCUUGGAUGUGUUGCCCAACUCCUGCGGCAAGAUGCCCACGGGCCAGCGCGAGGAGUUCGAGAUGUGCGACGACCUGGCCAGCUGCUUCCACGAGACGGACUGCCGGCUCUCCGCCUGGGCCUUCUGCUGCAACGGCAUCCGCGAGCGGAACCGCCACAUCGUGGCCUACUCCCGGGGCGGAGGCCGGCCUUGCGACCGCAUGGCGCUGAAGGAGGGCGCCCAGGAGCCGUCGGAGUGCAACCAGCGCCCGCGGGACUGCGUCCUAGCGCCCUGGGACCCCUGGAGUCGCUGUUCCACCACCUGCGGCGUGGGACAGGAGACGCGGGAGCGCUCCGUGGCAGUGCCCUCGGCUGGUACGGGCCGGCCCUGCGAGGGCAGCCUCAUCGUCACCAGAAAGUGCAACCUGAGGCCCUGCAAGGAGGAGGGCCGUGAGGACUGUCAGCUGGGGCCCUGGUCCGAGUGGGGCAGCUGCAGCCACUGCGGGGGCCAGAGGUGGCGGCACCGGGUGAUUCGGAGCCUUCCCAAUGCGCAGGGCACCCUCUGCGAGGAGCGGAGCACGAAGCUUGGCGUUUCAGCGGUGUCUACGAAGGAGGUCUCGAAUUGCACCUCCAUUUGCCACGAGAUCCGCUUGUGCGCCUGGUCCUCAUGGUCCGAGAUGCAGUGCUCCCAGCAGUGCGGCAGCAGUUGGACGACUCUGCGGAGCCGCGAGAUGCAGCUGCUGCCUACCACCAGCUCGGUGCCGGACUAUUUGUUCCGCGGGGACAAGACCACCAGCUGCUACGGGUCCCAGGUGGACGUGGCCAAGUGCCCUGCCGUCUCUGACUGCGAGGACCAGUGCCUUCCGAAGGACUGCUCCUUCGGGGCCUGGAGCCAGUGGACGGAGGCCACCUGCGUGGGCCUCUGCGAGCGCCAGCGGGUCAUCGCCCACAUGAACAACGAGUGCGGCAAGCCCUGCUCCGGCCCUUUGCUGGAAACCAAGCACUGCCACACCCAGUGCGGGCAUGCCGUGGACUGCAAGCUGUCUGAGUGGUCGCAGUGGAGCCACUGCACGAAUUUGACCUCUCAGGUGGUACGAGGGCAGCGCUACCGGCACCGGCACGUGGUCACGGAGCCGGAGCGCGGGGGCAUGGCCUGCAGCGGGGAUCUGCGGCAGACCAGGGCCUGCCUCAGCGAGAUGCCGGAGGACUGCCUCUUCUCGCCCUGGGAGGCGUGGUCCAUUUGCUCCACGCGCUGCGGGGAAGGCACCCAGUGGCGGGCGCGGCGGAUCCAUCAGGACGGUGGCCGGCAGUGCCACGGCCACAUCGAGGAGUCCCAGGCGUGCCAGUCCUGGCACGACGACUGCGACAACCACGUGAAACGGGACCGGCGGGACUGCGAGCUGGGCGACUGGAAGGUGUGGAGUUCUUGCGACUACUCCUCCCAGCGGGAGCGCACCCGGGAGAUUCUGAUCACCGCGCAAGCCGGGGGACUGCCCUGCCACGGCGCCCUGCUGCAGACCGAGAGCUGCCAUGAGGUGGUGGACUGCGUGGUGACCGAGUGGACGGAGUGGGACAGCUGCUCCCGCACCUGUGGCAGCGGGCACGCGCGCCGCCAGCGCCAGAUCUCGAGGUUCCCCUCCGUGGGCGGCGAGUUGUGCCCGGAAGACUUGCUGCAGAUCAAGAGUUGCGUGUUGGACCCCUGCGCGUCCCAGGACUGCCAGGUCUCCGAUUGGCUGGAGUGGGGCACCUGCUCGGCCACUUGCGGUGGCGGGCACCAGAGUCGGGUGCGCACGGUGCUGAGCCUGCGGGGCCCGGGGGGCAUGGGAUGCUUCUGGCCUCGCAGUUGGCAGCGCCUUUUUUCUUUUUGUUUUAUCCCUCUUUUUUUUGUUCCGAGUGUUUUCUGUUUUUGUUUUUUGGUUGUUGUUUGUUUUCCCCGAUUUCUUCUUCUUCUUCUUCUUCUUCUUAUGUUUUUCCUCUCUUGCUGGUGCGAGAGAUGCAGGGAGUGA